AUGGGGUUCUUUGGAAAGAGGGAAGCUCCCGGUGACGCUACGGGCCAUGUCGAUGCCAUCGUCGAGGCUCCGGGGCCUGAUCCAGAAAAGCAACAAGUCGCUCAUGAUGAGGACUUUCACACAGCGCUUCCCCAAAUCCCUCAGGCCACACCUACCAUUGAUCCCGCAGUUGAAGCUCGCUUGUUGAGGAAAUUGGACUUGAGAGUUCCAACGCUGCUAGGGUUCUUGUAUCUUCUUUCCCUUCUGGAUAGAAGCAACAUUGGAAAUGCGAAAAUCGCGGGAAUGGAAGAGGAUUUACAGCUUACGGGAAAUCGCUAUACAUGGCUCCUGACAAUCUUCUACAUAUCCUACACUCUGUUCGAAUUCCUGGCUUUGAUGUGGAAAAUUAUGCCACCUCAUAGGUGGGCAGCGAUCACAGUGAUGACUUGGGGCAUUGUUGCGACCUGCCAGGCCGCAACACAGAAUUGGGGCGGUAUGAUGGCUCUGCGUUUCCUGCUCGGCAUGUCCGAAGCAGCAUUUGGUCCCGGGUCACCCUAUCUGCUUUCUUUCUUUUAUCGUCGUCAAGAGCUCGGCCUUCGCUGCGGUUUGUUCUUGUCAGCUGCGCCUCUAGCCAAUACAUUUGCAGGCGCUCUUGCAUAUGGUAUCACCUCGGGACAUGCAAAGAUCGUCAAUUGGCGCUUGCUUUUUCUGGUUGAAGGCAGCCCGUCGCUGGUGGCAGCCUUCUUGGCAUGGUUCUACUUGCCAGAUCAUCCCGCAUCAGCCCGUUUCUUGACCGAAGAAGAGAAAGAGGUGGCACGCGCCCGGUCGCUCCGACGCAGUGGUGAAAGUGAGCGGGUGACCGGCAUUAACUGGAAGGAACUGUGGCAGACCUUGCUGGAUGCGAAGGCAUGGCUUACUGCGUUGAUGUACUUUAGUUGCAAUGUGAGCUUCUCCUCGCUGCCUGUCUUUCUUCCAACGAUUUUGGAAGACAUGGGGUUCACCGCGAUCAAUGCUCAAGGCCUGACGGCGCCGCCUUACUUCGCUUCAUUCCUCGUUACGAUCGCCACUACCUGGCUGGCCGAUCGGCUUCAGCAGCGAGGUUUGGUGAUUGCUUUGUCGUCGCUUAUUGGUGCCAUUGGAUAUGUGCUGCUUGCGACCUGCACCUCCGUUGGGGUGCGCUACUUUGGGGUGUUCCUGGCAGCAGUGGGGGUCUUUCCUUCGAUCGCCAAUAUUCUCCCCUGGGUUCUGAAUAACCAAGGCUCAGAUACUCGACGGGGAAUGGGCAUUGUUAUACUGAACGUCAUCGGCCAAUGCGGUCCUUUCCUGGGAACUAAUGUCUUCCCGGCGAGUGACGCACCUCGCUACAUUCGGGGGCAGUCAAUUUGUGCGGCCUUUAUGUUCUUCACCGUGAUCCUAGCUCUGGCUCUACGGACACUGCUUGUUUGGGAAAACCGCCGUCUGGACAAGAAGUAUGGCACUGCGGCCGAGAGGGCCGCCCAGGCGACCUCGAAGGGAGAUCUCACCCUAGGAGAGGAGAAUUAUGGAGCAGAUUACCGAUAUGUGCUCAAUGGCAUCCGUUUCUCGAUCACAGACCUCUCCCCCCACGCCGCGCGCCUCAUGCCCAUCCUAUUCCAAGACCGAGCCGGCAUCUCGCUCUACGACGCGCAAUUCUCCGGCCCCACGCGGGGCCCAAUCUCACCCCGCACCACCGGGGAAGUCAUCCACCGACUGGCCCAAUUCCAACUCACCUGCGACGAUUUCCAAGUACCCAAGGAGAACAUCUACGUCCUAGCUACAGAGGCCACCCGGACGGCCUCAAACUCUGAAGAAUUCAGAGCGCGAAUCAAAGAAUAUACGGGGUGGGAAGUCACUCUCCUCUCGAAGGAAGAUGAAGGGAGGAUAGGGGCAUUAGGGAUCGCGAGCAGCUCUGCCUCCGUGGCAGGUAUCGCCAUGGAUCUAGGGGGUGGAAGCACCCAGAUUACAUGGGUGAUGGAGUCAGAGGGCACUGUUACGACGAGUCCGAAGGGCUCGUUCAGUUUCCCGUAUGGAGCCGCGGCGUUGACGAAACGGUUAGAGGAGGCACAGAAACAAGGGAAAGAUGCUGUGAAAGAGCUGAAGAGUGAGAUGACUCGGAAUAUCCAGGACGCGUAUCGCCAGCUGGAUGUCCCCAACGCGCUGGUAGAGAUGGCCCGCAGUCGAGGCAGGUUCGAUCUAUAUCUCUGCGGCGGGGGGUUCCGCGGCUGGGGGUACGUACUGAUGAAGCAGAGCAAAGUGAACCCGUACCCGAUCCCCAUCAUCAACGGAUUCCGCGUCAAGAGGGAAGACUUCCACGAUACAGUCUCAGUCCUGGAAGUGAUUUCCGAUUCCGACGAGAAGAUCUUCGGCGUAUCAGAACGCCGCGCCUCCCAGAUCCCCGCCGUGGCCGUUCUCGUGGACGUGAUCAUGGACGCAUUACCGGAGAUCACUCACAUCCAGUUCUGCCAGGGCGGCGUUCGCGAAGGAUACCUAUUCGACCGACUAUCCAGCGAAGUGCGAGCCCAGGACCCCCUCCUCGCAGCAACAGUGCCAUACGCACCCCCCUCAGCAAACGCAAUCAGAGACCUCCUCCAAUCAGCACUACCCACUUCACCUUCACCCAUCGCCUCAAUCUACCCUCCCCCAUCCUUCACCCCGAACCUAAUCGCAGCCAUAACUAAUCUCCUCUACGCCCACUCCCAAGUCCCCCGUGAAUCCCGCUCCGCCGCAGCCCUCCACAGCACCACGACGGGCCUCCUCUCCUCCACGAACUGUCUCUCCCAUGUCGAACGAGCCCUCAUUGCCCUUGUGCUUUGUGAGCGUUGGACUGGAGACCUAGCGCCCAUGGACCAGGCGUACCAUAAGCAACUGAGCCGGUGUCUCACGGCGCAGGAGGUAUGGUGGGCUCGGUAUCUGGGGAGAGUAGCUGUUCUGGUCGGGGACGUGUAUCCUGCUGGGAGGGUGGAGGGCCAGUGGCGGAUCCGGAUUGAGACGCAGUGGGAGGAGAUCGAGAAGAAGGAACGGCGUGAUUUGUUGAGGGUGAAUUUGUGGAAGAAUGUGAGGUUUUUUGAAGUGCUAGAAGAGAAUAUGUUGCGGGAGAGGACGGAGAAGGUUGAGAAGAUUGGGAAGAGGAAGAAGUGGGUAAGCGAGUAUGGGGUCAAGGUUAAGGUGAGUAUUCUCUAG